GGGGAGGUACGUAAGAUGUCACUUUCAAUUAGACAAUUUUAAGACAUAGUAUGUUCCUCGUUCUCGCUCAAUUCACCCUCUAUAUCCUGAUAUUUUGAUCAAAAUGUAUUUAUUAGCAUAUAGCCGAUCUGACUGAACUUAUGUUUCCACCGAUUCUUUCCAUUUUUGCAACGAUUUUCUGCACAGAAUUUGAAAUCAAUGAAAUUAGAUUGCGUGACUGGACGAUAUUUAAUUGUUAUCCGCCACAAACACGCACACUUUGACAGCCUAAAUCAAGUAAUUACUUGCCUUGUCUUCUAAGUAUGAUCAGAAUGAUAAACAAUGAGGUUUGAUCGCCUUCGAUUCGCUCGAAUCGUUCUGCGGAGAUAAAUGAAAUUGCUAUCUGUUCGGUUUUGCGUGGUGUGUUGGCCAACAGAACAAACUCCUGCGAUCGAGGCACUCAUCCACGAUUUUGCGGUCGAAUAACACGAUGAAGGUUCUUUGCGUUGAGUAAACAAUUGCCUUUCAAAUACCAGUUCAAUAUUUACAAGACGAAGAAGUGAACACUUAGUUUGUUUCCCGACGGGAGCCGCAGAUUGACGAUGUUACAAAGGAUGGUCAUAAAAUUAAUUUAACCCCUUCGUGUUUGGUCAUUGUGAAUUUGGCAUAUCUGUUGGCUUCCAGCAGAGCUGUUGGAGUUGAGUAAAAAUUCAUCUCAGAUGAUGUGAAGGAAUGCGUCUUCGUAUGAUUCUACAGAGCAAAUACGGAGAAAAGCGCAAAAUCAGAGCUGUAUCUUUCGUCCAGUUGCUGAAACUCAACGGAAACGUAAACAUUGCAUGCAUUCUGUUUAUUACGAGCUAGUUGUGGUCCACUUCACUACAGCUUGUCACGAAGACAGUGAGCCCUUUCGAGCUCUCGUCGUUAUAUUUUCUUUCCAAGCUGUUCACUAAACUAGACUUCCGCUCUGAGAGUAUUGAUCAUUUAAAUAACAAAAAAUUGCCUUUAAAAUUGGAGCUGAUGCGUCGGCGGAGCUUAUAAGCUGAGUGGAUGUCUAUUGCGCGAUAGACAUGAGGUUCACAUGUUUUAAAUGGUUUACCACUUUUACUUAUGCGCUUCAGCUGGUCACAGCAAGACCUAGAACCUCACGAGAGGCCGGUAAGUAACGUUUCCUUUUAAUAUUAUCUCGCGGAAUUAGGAGGUUUCUUACUUUAUUUUUCAAGGAUAUGCGUAAAUGGACGUCUCAAAAUUCUACUUCCGCUGUAACUUGUCGAAUCCCUAAAAAAGAUUCAGGGUAUUUCACCUCCGUCAAAUAAUUAGGAAUUUACUUGUUAUUUUUACGGAUUAGCCGAACUGUCUUAGAGGGAGCAAACUGGGAAAAGAAGCUUAUAAGAUAAGCGUUUAUUCGUAAUGACCUCGGCGGCGGGUUUGCACAAUACACAAGCUUUGAACUUUUCCUAACACCGACGGCCCCGGUUUGUUCAUUAAAAUUAGAUUAUUCAACUUUCGCAGCAACUUUUGUCUGCGUAGGUUAGACAUAUCUAUUUAAUUCCAUCGAAACGCCACAAAUAUAUUACUUACCCUGAAUUAUGCGGGAUAAUCAAACACGAACAGCCGCGCAGAUAAUUCGUAGGAGAUUAGAUCACAUUGCCGCGAUUUCUCUUAGUGAAGUUAAGACAGAGAUAUCUAAACCACGAUUUCCCGGUAAACUAAUUUUAGAGUCAACAAAAACUCGGGCUGUUUUUAAGUGCGUAGAUUUUGUCGGUUUUUUAUUUAGUUUUCCUUCGUUUUCCGACAGAUAAAGGGAUUUAUUCUUCAAUGCCUAGAUUAACUAACUUAUUCGGAUUGGAAAAACAGCUAAUUCGAAAACAGAUCGAAGUAAUUUACCGCCAUAAUCCGAGAUUGUUCUUUCCUAGAUGUUUUGUAAAUAUUUCACUCGCUUUUUUAGGACUUAAAAAAACAAUACUUUGAAAAUUUUAAUAUUGAAUUAGGCAGUCAGCAGGAUAAAUCGUUUUAUUUUUUCCCUGUCCAAAGUGACAUUUUUAAUCUGUUUGAACAAGGUAUAUAAUGCGCUUCACGACGCGUUGAUGUUUUUUGCAAACAAGUUUGUAAACAUGUUUUGCGGUAAGUCAUAACCGGUUUUCCCUUUUUCUUUGUUUUUAAAAAGAAUUUUGAAUCACUACGUAAGUUUGAAUCGCCCAUAUGGAAAUAUAUUCCUCUAAGACACAAUAUCAUAAAUACUUGCGCAAAAUUUGCAAACAAUAUAACUCCGUUUCCGCAAAAUAUAGGUCCUUGCAUGUCGCUUGUAAUGUAUGGUUUAAAUUUGCAGGUGCAUGAGGCCGAUUUUCCGUAUUUUUAUAUUUACAUUUAGUAUAUAUUGUUUUAGCUAAUAGUUUCUCUAAUGAACAAUAUACCGGGAUAACUUUUAUUGUUUCCGAUUGUAACUUGGCUGCGAAAAUUUUCGGGGCGGAGAGAAUUAGGGGCAAUUCCGCAAACAGGAAUUGGAAUCUUGUUUCCCUCGAGGUACGAACAAUACAUUGCUAUGUUCCCCCUCUCACCCCAUUGGCAAAUCUCCUGAUCGCCUGCUGUUCCUCGCUACUAUUUAUAAACGUUAUGUCACGCAAUUCGGCUGGUUAAAACUAUCGUCGAAUCAAGAAACACAUUAGUGAACAAAAGAUAUAACAGAAAAGUAACAUACGAAAAACAACAGAAUUAAAAAAACAAAAAUAAUUAUUUGCAACAGUGACAAACACAUAACGAAAGAAAAGGGCAUGUUCAACAGCGAAGAAGAUGAAAAAAAUCGCCUUAAUUAGUUACAGUGUACAAACAAAUCAUGACAAAAGCUUUCAUUGCGGUUUGAUGCUUUGUUAAUAUUCUACAUCGCAGCUAGCAGCUCAGUGAUAAGAGUUACAUCAUUGUACAAAAACUUGAAAAAUUUAUAGAAAAAGCUAUUGUGUUUCGAUUUAAGAAAAUCGUGACUAUACAAAAAAUUUAAAAUUUGUGGGAUCCGAUUAAAAUCAAAUUAAGAAAAAAUCUGAUGGCUAUCUGGAAGAGUUUGCCCAGAGGAAUCUUACUUUUUAAAAGUCGUAAUUUAUGCGUAUCUCCAUUCGACUCCACGUUAAAAAAUAUUUUGAUUCCGAACUUCUGAAAAUAAGAUACAACAAUAUAAUUUUACAUUUUCUGGGUAAAAUACUGCGUAGAAUGGCCUCUAACAAGGAUUUCUUCAUAGUAAGUUUUUAGAAAGUUCCCGCCAUGUUGGUUUGUCUGGCGGUUGGGGAGGGGAAGCUCGUUUGUCUGACAACGGCAGGUUGGCUGGUUUGUCGGUCGCUCAGUCGGCCGGUCAGUCAGUCGGUCGGUCACCCGGGCAUUCGGUCGGUCAGUCGGUUAGUCGGUGGGUCAGUCGAUCGGUGUGUCGGUCGGACGGGUUGUUGGUUAUUUGGUUGGUCACUCAGUUAGUCGGUCGAUCGGUGAGUCGGUCAGUCGGGUUGUCGGUCAUUCGGUUUGUCUGGUAGACUUGUAUCCGUUGGUUAGUGGUUGGUGAGUCAGCUGGUCCAUUGUUUAUAUUGUUGGUGACUCAGUAAACUCUCUAAAUUCUAGGAUCGUUACCAAUUGCUUGUCAGAGCAGAGAGCAACUUAUCGACGAUGAAGGAACCAUAACAAGUCCAAAUUUUCGGGGACCAUAUCCAGCCAACUCUUCCUGCACAUGGAUUAUAACGCCCCCGGAAAAAGCGAAUGUUUCUUUACGGUUUUCAUCGUUUAACAUCCAAUCAAGUUCCAAGCAGUGUGGAGGGAUUAAAUGCAAUUGUGACUUUGUCCAAAUAAGCGAACUUGGUUCUGCGUCUAGUAAUGCAGGAUUCAACACGAAAUAUUGUGACGGUAAUCGCCCUCCGGACAAGAUUCUUUAUUUGAUAUCUGGGGUCAGAAUUCGAUUCGUUUCUGACUCAACUGGCGAAGAGACUGGGUUCAAACUUCAUUAUAAAACCCUUCAUACACCAGCACCUGCUCCAACGAUGGGCGUAUCUGGAGCAUCUGUUAAUCAAACCGUUGUCACGACAACAUCUGGCUCGUCUUCAAAUCUAAACGUGUCGAGUUUCAGUAUUCCUUUGCCCACAUUUACAAGCAAAGCGCCGAUAAACUCUUCAUCGGAAAUUGUUUUGCAAGUUACACCAGAAACACGAAUAACGACAGAACUCACUGGUGCUCAGACUCCGUUACCCAGAAGAACAUUGCCAGUCAGUUCAGCUGGAGCGGGGAGUGCUUGGACAACACCGGUUCAUACCGUUAUGGCUAAGGAACAGAAGGUAGUCGAAGAGAAAGUCCCAGACAUUAUAGUCCUUGGGCCAUCUGUUCCUGUUGUGAUGAUAUUUGUCAUUGUUGUCGCUGGUAUUGCUUGGUGGAAUUACAAGUUUAACUCGGAAGAGCACAACAGGUCAGUUGUGCUUGAUCACUAGUAGGGUCAACAUGUCGGUCGAGAUAACUAUAAGUUCGCGUUCACUUCUGAAUAUUUAUCAGGGAAACAAAAUGAAAUACUGAGGGGUAAUCCACAAUGAACUUGUAUUCUGCGGUCCAAGGGGAAAACCUUUGAUCCUUGCUAAUUCAUGCCGUGAAAUCUGAGGAAAGCUUUGGUAAUAUAGUACUACGGUCCGGAGGGAGGGCAUUCGUUUGGAAUUUUGGGGCUAUUACUGAGUAACUGAUGACAAGAAUCUUUUCCGUACUUUCAGCCAGUCUAAUGUCGUUCAAAAGAACACAGUAAAAAGGUUUAUACUUUGAUUGUAAUUAACUGAAAUUGAAUUAACAUUUUUCCAGAAGAAGUUGUGCGACAGGGUUUCAACAACAAAAGGGCUUAAGUUUUCAACGAAAUUUCUUUCAUUUCUCGAUUUUUCGAACACUGAUAAACGAACUUUAAUAAGUUUUCUAUACCACGAUAUGAUGCCAUCCUUAAUUUUCAGCGUGAUCACAUGUUUGUGUCAUUUUUUUUAAGGUAUGAAUCCUACGCAAAGAAAAGUGCAGCCAAAAAGCGGCAGAAGAGAACGAUGCACAACAUUAGGUAACACUGACGCUACUAUUUUUAAAUACUGAGUGGGACUCAACUAGCGAAGGCUCCUUCAUAAAAAACUUUUCAUUUGAGAGCGGUAAACAUACGAUGAGAACUCCAAGUUAAUAAAAAGCAUGUGAACAACCUCAUGCGCGGAGAAACGCGAGUGGUCAAUUCUCACUCGGUUUCGGUUUAUUAGGUUACUGACCGGAAUAGUGGAAAGUGUUUUUGCUCUGAACAAAGUUCUCUUUUCUGUUGCAGUAAAGGGAAUCUCUAUAAUGAGAUGACAAAGACCUGGAAAGGCCAGUCUUCUAACCCUAAUGCAGGAAGGUAAGUCACAAACAUGCUUGAAGUUGAAUUACGAGGCUAUCGAAAAACACCUCACUUCUGAUCACAUUUUUUUCUAAAAUGUUUCAAAUACAGCGGAGAACUGAUUAAAACUUAACUAAUCGAACACUAAUAACAGUUUAGGCUAAUAAGGGCUCUAUAACUGUAAACCUGUCAUACCCCCCCUCCGCCCCUCCCAAGAACACGUAGGACCCUGAACGCAUACCCGUUGAGUGCUCCACCUCCAUCCACGGCGACGCGUAUAACGCCUAACACUGAUUUCGCUGACGGAAAAAUUUGAGGCUUUACGGUACGUAUCCGCAUGGAUAUGUCGUGCAAAUGCAAAUAUCUCCUUGAUCGUCCAAGAGUUCCCCAUUUCACUAAAAAUAGUAAGUAAAAUUUUCCAGUCAAAGCAUAGGGAUCCAAAGAAUAAUCACCUUAAUAAAUCCUUUCUUAAAAACGGAAAUGAAAAAAGGACGUACUCAUAUUCAGAUCUGAUAUCAACUCAUAGUUUCUUUUCAUUUACUCUGCAGACCCAGUCCCAUGGUUGGAGGAUAUAAGAAAAUAUCGUUUGCGGGAAGACUUCUGGAGUUAGCAGAAGGGUAAGCAAAUGGCCUUAUUUUUUCUCAAACUGUACACGUCAGCAGGGGUCCGCUUAUUUGCGGCAAAUAUAACGUUUUAAAAGUGCUAGAAAAGUGAAUGCGAAGCCCACUGCUCAAACUUGUCAGUCCAGCUUUCAAACAACCGGGACUGAAAGUUUUCACCGGACAUUUCACUUGAGUACUUUGUGCUGGACGAGUACUGAAAUUAAAUUCCAUACAUUAAGAGAGCUUUCCCCGGAAGGGACCUUUACAUACAGUGAGGAAUCACAGCUCUCUAGAAUGGCGAUCCGACCUAAACCGUUAGCGAAUUUAUCGUUGGCUAAUUGAUUCGAAGGUGAAACGACUGUUUACCUCCACAAUAGUUGUCAUGCUUUGCAAAAUUUAUUUAUUUUUAACCAAAACAGGUUUUCUCUAGCCUGAGAGCGACCAAAACAUUGACACUCAUUACAUUCCCAUUUCAGCGUACGAACUCCUAGGCCUUCCCGUCCAUCCUCGUACGCGGAGGAGACUGUACCUCUGACAAAGCCGUCGACUAGCAAAGGUCCGUUCCUAUCGCCGGGCGUGGCUACCACUGGAGGAGGCUCGAGACCCAGUUCUCGCCCAGCCUCUCUGUUGCUGAGAGAUGCCUUGGUUAAUAUGUUUGGGGAGGGAAAAGAAAGGUAACAAUUGAUAUAAACUAGUUGUGCUUUUGCUUCACUGUCAGUGAUCAGGUCUAGAAAACUCACAACGCGCUCGACCAAUAAGGUGCAAAACUGAAGUAAUCGCGACUUAAAUACUCUUGUUUCCUGAGCUUCAAGAAGUUUUCGUUUUUUUUAUUCGCGGGAUCGAAUUGAUUCCUUUUGCUUUCUUUGCCUCAACUUUUACGCAACUCGAUCCAAAGUCGUUUUUUAAUUGUUAAAGCACUGUCAGCCAAAAGACUAACUUCUCGUUGCCUGCGAGUCUUUUUUUAACCAAUUUUUAUUCAAAAUUUAUAUAUCAUUUCAUUCUAUCAUGCUUUAUUUUGUUUUGUAUUUUUGCUUUACAGUGAAAGUCAGACCCAGGGUUCUGGUUCCCCGUCCAAAAGAGCUUCCAAGCGAGUAUCAUUCAUCGACGAAGAAGCAGGACAUCCGUUGGUUCAGCACGAGACCAUUCCACCCGAACAGUAAGUGGCAAUUUACCACAUUUCAGGGGUAUGCUUACCAUAGGUCGUCAGCCAGUCUUCGUCAUAAUUAUUGUUGGCUUGGUCAGGCUAGAUGAAGUCAAUCCUGUGAUCUGAUUGGCUCCCUGGGUCAAACAUGCUAUUUCGGAGUUGCCCACUUUAUUCCAGCAAAAUCCGUUAUUCUGUUAUGGAAUCUGGCUAUGCAGUACCUCAUUUCUUGACAAAGCUUGUGCGUUAGAUGCCUGGGUAUUUGUAUUUAUACCGUCUGGAAAAUUAUGCAAAUGUACGACCAGUCAGCUUUGAGGAUCUGAGAGAAAUGAUAGUUCCUUUUUCUUUUUUUUUUUUUUGUUCAGAAUUGAAGAAAUUCACGACGAACCAGAGGAAGAUGAUGACAAUAGCAAAGAAGAAACAGACGAUACUGUGAAACCUGCAAGGUAAAAAAUUUUAAUUUCCAGUCGCCGACUUUAAGCUUUGCAGCGAUUUUUAAUUGAUUUUGCUUCGUUGCGCUCCGAGCAGGUUGGUCUCGGAAACUCUCGUAACCUCGUCAACUCUUAUGGUUAACGAGGUUACAUCAUCUCCUUCUUCUCCUUCUUAGCAUAUCAUACAAGUGACCUAAUUUUAAAAUUGUCUCUUUGCAGGAGAUUACCGAUCCCAGCUAUUCUUGUUAGGCAACCGAGUGAAGAUACAGACUUUGCAGUCGAGUCGCCUUCUAGAACUUCCAGGUAGAUGCUUUGAAAUCACAAUAAAGCAUAUCCUCUUCCAUUCGAAAAAAGAACCAAAAAGUCCACCAAAAGUGAUGCUGUAAUUCGUUUUUGAUAGUUUGCAUGAAAGAAAAUAAGUUUGACAUAUACGUGUAUAUCUCACGUACCCAUUUCUAUUCUAUUGUCAUCCACCCUCUAUCACCGGCGCAUCACGCAGUUUUCAUAAAGAUGAGGACCCUGUGCUCGUGGAGGAAUCACCGGACUUGCAGGCGGCGAUGCCGGACCAAGGUGUACACCACGAAAAUGAAGACAGUAGUGGGCCGCGUUGGAACGACUUUGGGUGAGUUUCUUCCGCUUAUCUAGCUUCCAGCAGAAGGAAACUGUAGAGAAACUAUAACACUUUCUAACGUGCUUCGUCGUUCUCGUUCGUGGCGAGUCUAAAGGAGGUUCUAUUGGCAUUCCCUCAACCCUUUUACCCACCCUAUUUCUAGACCACUCAAAGUCAAAGCCUAGCGGAGGUACAAACGAAAAAUUUAGCUUUCCAAAAUUUUUGUGAGUGUGGCCCCCAACUAAUGUUCAAUAUCCGUUACUGCUAGUAAGUGGGUUGACGAGAAUAUAUACUAAAUUAUAUAGAUACAAUCAUAGUACCUGAUGAGUUUUCAGUUCCUCAUAGGUCAGUGCGGCUCAUCUGAGCGGUACAAGAUGUCACUUUGCAAGCUAAAGUGUGUUUUGUUCUAUUCUAUAAUAGUGAAAAUUACACGGACUCUUCAUCAGAGGACAUUCCAGAUAGAAGCCUGUAAGUCUCAAAAAAAAAAAAAAGAGAAAAAAAGAUUAAAAUCUUUAAAAUUUAUGUUCAACUAAUAAACGCAAUUUUAUCUUAUUAUUAUUAUUUAUUCGCAGAAUAUUUCCUGAUCUAGAAGACUUUCUUCUAAACUUAGAUAAGGAUUCAGACCUAGAUGAGCCGCCAUACAGCUGGUAGGUUUCCCUUUACGCCGAGCAUCCUGUCAUACUUCCUGGGGUCACUGUUUUUCAUUAAAAAGUUUUAUAACAGAAAGUUAAUCGAUCUAUUACUCUAAUGCCUAGCGAGGAUAUUCACUCAAUUUCUGUAUCACACUGUUGUCAUUUGGUGUUGAUCAAGAACAAUAAGAGAUAUCUGCAGACUUACUGCUAAUCGACAAAAGACCUAAACUUGAGCAUUUGUCGAAAAUACCUCCCCAUUUUACGGUACAACGGCCUGCCAUAAUUGUGGUCAUCCAAACAAUGGAAACCAAUCAAAAAGCGAAAGUUAAAAACGGAUUCAACAAACGGGAAUUCAGCCUUUCAAAUGCCUUGCCAUCCUUCCGAAACUUUCCGCAGUUUCUCAAGCAUAAUGUGAUUGUAGAUAUUGCCAUCCCUCUAAAAUGGGUUACUAGUCAAUCAAGAGUUACUCCCAAAUCAUUUAGUUAGGCUCUCGAACAGUUUUUCAUUAUCUAUUCAUAGAUUUGGUUGAUCAAAUAAGUGUUCCGCCAAAGAACACAUCACGGUGGUUCUGGCUGGGGUUUGAACUGAGCGUUUUCGACUUGGAGUCUAACGCGCCAGCCAGUAGACCGCUUCAUCUCUGUCAGACUACGAUUAGAAUUCCUAACUUUUUGCCGUAAACAAAAGUGACGGUGUUAAACUCUCUCUAAAGAAACUAGAGUUAGCAGCACAACGCCUUACUUGUGCAAAACGGUGCCCGCAGUUUUUUCUUUAUGGAAAAUAACUCACCUUAAAUCACAGAAAACCGUUUUCUUCAAAUAAUUUUCAUUUCCGAUUUCUUUCAGUGCGAGUCACAUAGGAGACAUUUUAAGGAAAAGUUAUGGCGACGAAGGGCUAAGUGACCUGGGUCCAGAAACCGUGUUAGAUGUUCCAGAAGGCAAGUGAAGAAUCAGUUUUGAUACUCCACAUUAGAUAUAAUCAAGCACUCGUGCUUGCGGAACGUGACGCGCAGAAGAAGCCACGCGAAGGUGUUACGGAACGAGCGUGUGAGAGGACGCGAAAAUUGUGUAAUUUGUCGCUUAAUUACCAACAAAUAAAUAAACAAAAAUAUUUAUAUUUUAAAGUUUUUCUCCCUAGACCCUUUAUUCUAAAGAGUCGGUUUGCGUAGAAUGAAGCUGUCAGUGUCAACAGAUAACUAGUAAAAAGUCCGGAAGUACUUUGUUUUCCCGCUAGAUUGGACCAUUAAAUUAACGCAUUAUGUUAGUUGCAAAAGUAUAAAAAUUUAAUCCUCAGUUUUGACACUUUGUUACUUAUUUUUUAGAGUUCGUCGGGAUGAUGCGCAACCCUUCAAUGUCACAGGAUUCCAUUACAAAAGAAACAGACCUAGUUGAUGACGUGGAUUAGAUGUCUGUUUCAAGGUUCCGAGACCAAACGAGUGGUCUCGGAAUCAAUUUAUCAUUGAAGAGCAUGCUUAGGUCUGGCCUCUGACUUGAAAAGCGCAAGACACCACUUUAUCGUCCAACAGUUGAGUGAAAUCACCACGCGCUAUGGUCUUCCAUUUCGACCUCUUUGAUUCGACGAAGUUAGCGAAUGACGCUUGAGUUUGAAGUCCAUAAAGAUGACAAACUUAAGGGAGCUCUGACUCUUUCUAUUAAUAAUUCGUUUAAGGUAUAACUUAGUUUUUCUGAGGAAAAUCGAUAAAAGGAACUCGUUUAAAAGUUAGGUGAAUUUUACAUAAAGGAAAGAAACUUUGCUUUCCUCAAGUGUCAAUUAUUCAAUAUUCAAGACGGUGGUAGCUUUUACCAUAUUUUUUAUUACCACGCUGUAUUAUACUGAUGAUAAAAUUUGAAGUACGAGCUCGACAUUCUGGUGCUACUGUCAAGUAAAAAUGUAUUAAAAGCCAACUGAGAUAUAAUAAAUGAGUCGCGUUAACUGCAAGGGGAGCUUAUUUAAGUCUAUAGAAGACCGUGGAUGGGUGGCUCUUAUUCGAUUGGAGGCGUUAUUUGAUAUGAUUGUUUUUAUUUACCAAUCAUUUUUUAGCCAUAACCUCUGCAUUCAAACAACAACUGAAAUUUUAUAUUGAUGUACGGAGGUGGCCUUUUCAACAAGGUCUUAAAAGCAGUACUGUUAGUAUUCUUGAAUCUUUCUCCAAACCUAACGUGUCCACAAUUUUAAAAAAAUU